AUGGUGGCGGCAGCAGGCCCCCAUGAGGGUCUGGGAGAGAAGCUGAAGCACGCGGCCGAGGAUGCGGUGCACAAGGCAGAGGACGCAAUCCACAGGGUCACAGAUGCAGUGCACGAGCGCCGGGAGCACGCCAGGGAGGAGGCUGAGCGCGGCAUGUUCACCGCAGGCAGGCCCAGGCACCACUGCCGUGCCGCCAUGCUGCUGCGCUGGUACCGCUCCCAGCACGACAUCAGGGAGGCGGCUGACCAGAUGCUGCACUCCCGAGACAAGAAAAAGCGCUCGGCGCCCAGGCAGUACCAGCCCGACGAGGACGAGCAGCUGCUGCAGGACGCCUCCUCCGAUGGCGGGCGCAGCUGGCGCCAGAAGGAGAUGGAGGAUCUCAGGAGCGCGGUCAGGGAGGAUGAGGACAAGGCCACAGAGGCGGUGAGGCGUGCGGCGGCUGGCGGCAGCGGCACGCAUCAAGACGCGCAGAGCUGCGGCACCUGA